CCGUUGCCAGUUGUGCCCUUCCCCUCUCAAAAGGACUGGAUCGGCCACCGCUUCCUCCUCUUCUUCUGCCAGCGCCAACGCCACAGCCGUUUGCCAUCAUGACAGACCGGUCCACCUUCGACACCAAUGUGACCACUGUGACCCGGUUCGUGAUGGAGGGAGGCAGGAAAGCGCGGGGCACCGGAGAGCUCACUCAGCUGCUCAACGCGCUCUGCACGGCCGUCAAAGCCAUCUCCACCGCCGUGCGCAAGGCGGGCAUUGCCAACCUCUAUGGACUUUCUGGUUCUACCAAUGUGACAGGGGACCAAGUAAAGAAGUUAGAUAUUCUUUCCAAUGACAUGGUGAUCAACAUGCUGAAAUCAUCAUUCUCCACUUGUGUCAUUGUGUCAGAAGAAAACAAAGAAGCAGUCAUAGUGGAAGACGACAAACAGGGUAAAUAUGUUGUCUGCAUUGACCCACUUGAUGGUUCUUCUAAUAUUGAUUGCCUUGUUUCUAUUGGAACCAUUUUUGCUAUCUAUAAAAAGGUUUCUCCUGGUGCUCCUUGUGAAAAGGAUGCUCUCCAGUCUGGUCGCAAUCUGGUGGCAGCUGGUUAUGCCCUGUAUGGAAGUGCUACUAUGCUUGUCUUGGCCCUGGAAUCUGGCGUCAACUGUUUUAUGCUCGAUCCGGCAAUUGGUGAAUUCAUUUUGGUGAACAAAGAUGUAAAAAUAAAGAAAAAGGGAAAUAUCUACAGUCUAAAUGAAGGAUAUGCAUCAUACUUUGAUCCUGCAGUCACGGAAUAUCUUCAGAAGAAGAAAUUUCCCCAAGAUGGUAGCCCUCCCUAUGGCAGCAGGUACGUGGGUUCCAUGGUGGCUGAUGUGCAUCGUACUUUGGUGUAUGGAGGAAUCUUUUUAUACCCAGCCAAUUCAAAGAGCCCUAAGGGAAAGCUGCGGCUCUUAUACGAAUGCAACCCCAUCGCUUUUAUCAUUGAACAGGCUGGAGGAAUAGCUACCACAGGCACAGAGGCGGUGCUGGAUGUAAAGCCAGAGUCUAUUCAUCAGAGAGUCCCUUUUGUUGUUGGUUCUCCUGAAGAUGUUCAAGAAUAUCUUGCAUUUGUACAGAAACACCAGAAAAGCAGCUAGUGGUCCUCUAAAGUGCCCCAUCAAUUUGCUUUC